UUUAAUAUUUAUAAUCAGUGGUAGUACCUACUUUAAGGAAGAAAUUUAAAAUUGUUGUAUUCCUCUUAGUUAUCUAUUUUUAUUCCGUUUCCAGUGUGGUUUCUUUUUACAUUUUAGUUUUAAAUAAAAAAUAACAACUACCAAAUCGCUUUACGAUCAAAAGUUUUUUUGACAUUUGACAUAAUAAUUCAAAACUCGUGUCAUUACAAAUAAUAAUAAUAUCAUCAUGUCUAUUUCCGUUCAAGAAUCCAAAAGGAAAUCUGUUUGCAUUGUUGGUGGUGGACCAGCUGGUAUAGCGGCUUUGAAAAAAUUAACUGAAAAGGAUUCAACCUUCGAUUGCGUCCUGUUCGAGCAAAUUGAUAAUGUUGGAGGGACAUGGGUUUAUACAGAAAAUGUUGAUGUUGACCAAUACGGCUUGCCUGUUCAUUCGAGUAUGUACAAAAGUCUCAGGACAAACUUGCCAAAAGAAAUAAUGGAGCUUUCUGGUUUUGAACACAAAAAUGUUGGUGACCAGUGCUACUUUCCAGCCAAGUACAUGGAGAACUAUGUCAACGAUGUUGCGGAUCAUUUUAACUUAAGACAAUAUAUAAAGUUACAUCAUCACGUUGAAAAAAUAAACCCUAUUAAUGAUGGUCAGUGGGAAGUAACUGUUGUUGAUUUACAGUCUAAAACUAAAGAUACUAAAGUAUAUGACUCGGUAAUUGUAUGUGUUGGUAACUACAGCAAUCCCGUUUACCCCGACAUCAAAGGUAGUGACGUAUUUCAAGGUAAAAUUUUGCACAGUCAUAGCUAUCGUGAUGUGGAAUCGUAUAGAGACAACACUGUAGUUGUAGUUGGAUGUGGUGCGUCUGGUUUGGACAUAUCCUAUGGUGUAUCGGUGGUUGCUAAAAAGGUAUUUCUAAGCCAUCAUAAUCCAAAGAUGUACAAGUUAAACGUACCACCAAAUUAUUUUCAUAAACCAGAUAUUCAAGAAUUCACCAGUGAUGGUAUAAUAUUUAAUGAUGGCUCUUAUGAACAAGUGGAUGCUAUAAUAUAUUGUACUGGAUACAGUUAUACAUAUCCCUUUUUAACCAAUGAAUGUAAAAUUCGUGUCGAAGACAACAUAAUACGGACACUUUAUAAACACAUGUUUAACAUUGAAUAUCCAACAAUGGCAUUCAUUGGAGUACCACGGAAUACCACUGGUUUUUACCUUUUUGAUUUUCAAUCAAAAAUAUAUAAGAAAUUUUUGGAAGGAUCCCUUAAACUACCUAACAAAGAAGAAAUGUAUAAUGAUACUCAGAGAGAAGCUGAUGCACGGCUUGCAAGUGGACAAAGACCAAAAGAUUUUCAUGCACUUGGGCGGACUAAAUGGGCAAUGGAAUAUUACACGUCCAUGACAAACUUUGCCGGAGUAGAACAUCCGCCCCCAGUAUUGUUACAAAUAUACUUUGAUGGACUCGAAAGACUAGGUCAAGAUUUUCUAAACUUUAGGAACGACAAAUAUCAAAUAUUAGAUAGAGAACAUUAUAUGGUAAAAUAUUACAAUAACGAUACAUCAAUAACGAAAAAACAAGUUUUAUACUCAUUGUGAACAUGUUGAACAUAAUAAUAUUAUGCCUUAUUAGUUUGUAGCUAUUUCUAAAUUAAGUAUACUAAAUUUAUAUGCUUUAGUUUAAUUUUGUUUAGAUAUUUUUAUUUUUUGUUAUUAUUGUUAAGUUUAUAUAAAUGAAUAUAUUUAUGUUAUUUUGUUGUUAAUCA